AUGCAUGGUGGUUUGUGCGUCCUUGCGCAGUACAUGGGUAUAGUUUCGCGUGAGGCACGUGCGACAGUCUUCAUUGGCGAGGCCGAGCACCCUUACAAUAUCUUCACCAAAGCUGGAUUCGAGGUCGAUCUUGCUUCGGAGACUAGAGACAAUAUGACGAUAGAGAGACGUGGUUUUCAGUAA